CUUCAAUCUCCUCCUCGUAAAAUUCACCUUUUAAAAUUAUCAAGAAAAAAUUAAAAUCAUUCAAUUUAUUUUACUCUUCAAUUUAUUAAAAAGUAAAACUUCAUACGUACCAGGCAAUUGACUCUUCACUUCUUCAUUCGUUGUACAGCGCUUCAUAGCUUCCGUGUGGAAUUGGAUGGCUGCUUCAUAAUUGUUUUCUCCCUGGAAGCCAUAGCUGCAAGUUAUAGACUAUCAUUGACAGUUAACUCAACAUUUGGAACAAUUAUGGGAACAGCCACCAGGUCUUCAGCAUGCAUAGUUCUAUAUUAGUCCUGUAUCUGGAAAAGAAAGAAUAAGGAACAGCGGAGUGUUCCCAAACGCUGACAGAAGAUAAGGAACAGUUGGGUGCUCCCAAACGCUGACAGAAGAACCAGCGCAUUCUGUUUAAGCCUUCUGUUAUAGCCGUUAGAAUUUAGGCGCCUUUUUCUUGAUUGUAUAGCCAUUAGAACUGGAAGCCAAUUCUAUAAAUAAGGCUCUCCUCUACUUUGUAAUAGAGACCUUUUUCCAGAUUUUAAUCAAUCAUGAACUUUCUUCAAAGUUAAUUGAGCAUUCAAAGAACAAGUAUUGUUUCUGUUUUGUUAUUUCUGUCUUGCAAAGGUUGAGUGUAUUCAAUCCGUGAAAGAUUCACACGUCUCCAAGAUCACGUUGAUCAUUGAGAGAAUUGUGAGGAUUAAGGCCUUGCAUUCCUAAGGGGAAUCGGUGUCUUCUUCCAGGAUAAGUAGUCAUUCAAGAUUACUUAGAAAUCAAACCCAAACAGACAAUCUGAUCAAGAAAACGUCUGUUCUUGAUUGUCUGAUUUGUUGUGCGAGUGAACAAGUUGAUCAUAAUCGAUCUUCCGCUGCAAAUUUGUUCCAACUUGGUAUCAGAGCCUCAAAGUCCUUGUGGGGUGCAUAAUUCAAUUGGUUUUGAUGAGAAACAACAGCCAAAAGUCGCAAAAACAAGAAAAAACAGAAGCUGUCAGAAACUGACUGCAUUUGGGGUCGAAAACAGUAGCGUUUUGGGGAUCGUAUUGUGAUUACUUUUCAAAACUGUUUUUACACGGUAUUCUUCAUUGAGUGGGGAAACGUUUGGCUUUGGAAUCAUUGGAAUUGGUGUUGUGAUUAAGGAGAUAUGAAUUUUUCUUUACAGACUGCCCAAAACUGAUGAAAUCCGGGUACCUUGGUAAGUUGUCUUCGAAAACCUAUCAAGAUUCUUUUAUUUUGCUCUCAUCUUUCACCAAAUUAUCAGUACCUAUCCUAAGUUCAUUAAACCAUAUCAUUUGUGCACUAUUUCUUACGUUUCAUAGGUUUCUUGAUUGACCCAUUUCAUGGUUGUUUCUCAAAGUACAGGAGAGUCUCAUUUGUAUUUGUCUUCUGUAUUUUCAUUGUGUCUCCUUCAUUUUUGAGUCUUUUUCAUUGUUUCUUUUUUUCAAUUUGGGUAUUUUUGAGUCUAGUUUUUGGUGAGACUUGUUGUGGAGUCAUUGGGGUUGUGAAGAAAAAGAUGCGCAAGUGUUUUUGACCAAAGGUCACAGAAACAAUUCAGACUGUAUGUGUGUAGUAAAAUUUGAUUUGUGAUCAAACGACACAAUAUUUUUGAGUAAUUUCAAUUUGGGGUGUUUGUAGACAUCUUUAGUUGUGUUGUCACCAAUUUUCAUCAUUAUUGGAGUUGGUUUGGUUGGGUUCACAAUAGUAAAGGUCGAGCACACAUAUUCUGAUUCUGAGGUGUUUGUACUUCUGUUUUCUGUUUUCUGGUGCACAAACAUUUUCGAAACUUGCUUUCUUUUUCUUUAUCUCUUUUCACCCUUUAAUGAGUCUAGAAGAUGAAAUCAUCAAAGUUAAACAUGAACAAAUAUAGAGCAUUUGACAAACCAGAACAUGCAUUAGAGGAUAAAAUCAAGUUACAAUCAUUGGAGGAUAAGAAAUCCGAUCUUGAAAAGUUUAAGGGGAUUUGUGAACUACUUGGGUAUUGGGAGGAAGUUCAUCAUUUGCAGAAAAAAUUGAUGAAUGUUAGGAGUCAAAAGCAAAGCUUGAAGAGGAAGCUUCAUCUUUCAGCAAGAAAAGUUGAGAUUUCAACAGAAAUUGCAAGAGCGAUGUGGGGAUUCUAAAGUGGUAACUGUUCUUAAGUAUAACCCUGAUGGUAAGUCGAAUAGGGCUAUGUUUAACAUCCCUUCAAGAAUGUUGAUACAGUUGCGCACCCUCCAUCUUGUGUUAAGAGUGUUCAUGAUCUUGAAAAGGUGGUUAAAGCAAUUCUUGCGGAAAUGAGUAAUGAUCUUAAAGGAGAUAUUGAAACACCUUGUGGUGAGAUUGUUGAAGCUCUUGAAGAAGUGAUUGAAACAUCUUGUGUAGAGGAUGAUGAUGAUUUUGAAGACAUGGUUGAAACACCUUCUGUUGAAAGUGUUGGAGAUCUUGAAGAGGUUGUUGAAGCAUCUUGUGAAGAGAUGAUUGAUGAGUAUAAAGGAGAUGUUGAAGCACCUUGUGAAGAGAUUGUUGAGACUCUUGAAGAAGUGGUUGAAAUACCUUGUAUUGAGAACCUUGAAGAUCUUAAGGGGGUUGUUGAGACAAUUUGCAUGAAUAAUGUUGGUUCUACAAUAGAGUGCCUUGAGGUAGUGGAUUCUCAUCCAAGAUUGGAGGUUGGUUUACAUGUAGAGCAAACUAAGAAGCAUGAGUUUGUCAAGGUUGAUUUCGUGCUUAAAAAAUCGCCUUUAGUGGAUUACGUUCGCGUAGAAAGAUUUGUUGAGUUUAACCCUACGAAAAUUCGAUGUCGAAUUUUUUCUAAGAAGGGGAGAAUGAUACAAAUUGAUUGUGGUCUUGGUAACACAAGCAAGCUAAUCAAUUUGGUAAGCUUGUUUAACAUAUGGGUUUGGAUAAUCAUGCAAGUAAGAGCAAGAAUCUUGAUUCUUACAUGCUGGAUGACAUUGGGAAACAUGGUUUCUAAUUUACUUUGAGUCAAGUUCGAGCCACAUUCUGAACUCAGCAACAGAAUAACAAGUGUGCUCAAUGUACAGAGGAGCAGUUCAAGAGUACAACAGCUAUUGGUUCAAGGGCAACAAGUCCAGUGGUUGUUUAUCAACAAGGGAGAGAACUGGUUCAGGUGUUUACUGAUUUUUGUCCACUUAUAUGCAAAGUUAAAGGGGUACAUGAAUGUGAUAAUUAUCAAAUAAAGAUACCAAAAGAGCCCAAACAAGGCUGCACACAGGCCAUUCAGACCACACAGAACAGGUCGGGGUUUCAGAACAAGCACAGCAGCAAAAACAACGACCAGGCCACUUUGCAAGACACGUGGAGACUAAACCUGUGCAUCCAGGACCUAGGCUACAGUGGAAAUGGAAUCUUGGUACUAGGAUCUAGCCAUCAAGGGUCUAGGACCAUGCUAAAAAUCCACGUGGAGUCCUAGAAGUUGAGCUGAAGGAGGACUGCUCGACAGUUUCCAGAUCAGAAUCUGUUUAAGUGUUUUUUUGUUGCUACCAUGUAUGGUUGACGCGCAAGUGCAGAACAAAACUCAACAUCAAUUGGAGUUGUUCCAUGAAGCUAUUAAUGAGUAUGAUAAUCAAUCGUUAUUGUUUUGUUGGUUCAAGAAUUAAGGACAACACAGAAGGUUCAGCAGCAGAGCAACAUCAUUCAGCAACAUCAAACAGUGUUUGUUCAUUACACAGAAGCAGAACAGAUUUAUGGUUGUGCAAGAUGAUUCAGAAGUAUGUGCAGCACAGUAGGUUGAAGGCAACAAGUACAAUGAUCAGCAUGUGUGUGCACAGAACAGCAAGUACACGAAUGAACAGCUUUGUGUCACCUUUAAAUAGCUCAAGCAUGCAAGGAGGCCAUACUAUGAUGAUUCUGAAUUGGGGACAAUUCGAACUGAAGAAGAAGGGAAUGGAACAAUUAUGGGAACAGCCACCAGGUCUUCAGCAUGCAUAAUUCUAUAUUAGUCCUGUAUCUGGAAAAGAAAGAAUAAGGAACAGCGGAGUGUUCCCAAACGCUGACAGAAGAUAAGGAACAGCUGGGUGCUCCCAAACGCUGACGGAAGAACCAGCGCAUUCUGUUUAAGCCUUCUGUUAUAGCCGUUAGAAUUUAGGCGCCUUUUUCUUGAUUGUAUAGCCAUUAGAACUGGAAGCCAAUUCUAUAAAUAAGGCUCUCCUCCACUUUGUAAUAGAGACGUUUUUCCAGAUUUUAAUCAAUCAUGAACUUUCUUCAAAGUUAAUUGAGCAUUCAGAGAACAAGUAUUGUUUCUGUUUUGUUAUUUCUGUCUUGCAAAGGUUGAGUGUAUUCAAUCCGUGAGAGAUUCACACGUCUCCAAGAUCACGUUGAUCAUUGAGAGAAUUGUGAGGAUUAAGGCCUUGCAUUCCUAAGGGGAAUCGGUGUCUUCUUCCAAGAUAAGUAGUCAUUCAAGAUUACUUAGAAAUCAAACCCAAACAGACAAUCUGAUCAAGAAAACGUCUGUUCUUGAUUGUCUGAUUUGUUGUGCGAGUGAACAAGUUGAUCAUAAUCGAUCUUCCGCUGCAAACUUGUUCCAACAUUAUUACUUAUUACUGAUCUUGAAUUCUCUAAACUAAAGUAAUUUAUAGGCUAUUAAUAAUCGAUCGUAAUUCAAAGUUCACUUAUCGUAAUUCGAUCUAUUAUAGUAAAUGAAACUAAUACUCCACCUUUUUUGUUAC